CCCCGUCCUCGUCUCUCUUCUUUUCCCCAUCUGCCUCGCCACCAAACCCGCGCUGAUGUGCUGUGCGAGAGGCUGGAAAUGGAAGUGUUGAUGCUCUGGCUUUUCCCCUGGAUAUUUCAGUGCAUUUCGGUGCGGGCGGACUCCAUCAUCCACAUUGGUGCCAUUUUCGAAGGCAAUGCUGCCAAGGACGACGAGGUGUUCAAACAGGCCGUGUCGGAUCUGAACCUCAAUGACGACAUCCUCCAGAGCGAGAAGAUCACCUACUCCAUCAAGCUCAUAGAAGCCAACAACCCUUUCCAUGCGGUGCAGGAAGCCUGCGACCUGAUGACGUUGGGCAUCCUGGCGCUGGUGACGUCCACGGGCUGCGCCUCGGCCAACGCGCUGCAGUCGCUGACGGAUGCCAUGCACAUCCCGCACCUGUUUGUGCAGCGCAGCACGGGGGGCUCGCCGCGCACCGCCUGCCACCUGAACCCCAGCCUGGAGGAGGAGGAGUACACGCUGGCCGCGCGCCCGCCCGUGCGCCUCAACGACGUCAUGCUCAAGCUGGUCACCGAGCUGCGCUGGCAGAAGUUCAUCGUCUUCUACGACAGCGAUUACGACAUACGGGGACUGCAGGGCUUUCUCGAUCAGGCCUCCAGGCUGGGACUUGACGUGUCCUUGCAAAAAGUGGACAGGAACAUCAGCAGAGUCUUUGCCAACCUCUUCACCACCAUGAAAACGGAGGAGCUGAACCGCUACCGUGACACCUUGCGAAGGGCCAUCCUGCUGCUCAGCCCGAGGGGAGCCCAGACCUUCAUUAACGAGGCUGUGGAAACCAACCUUGCUUCAAAGGAUAGUCACUGGGUCUAUGUAAAUGAGGAAAUCACUGACAAUGAGAUACUGGAGUUGGUGCAUAGCGCGCUGGGGAGGAUGACAGUUAUCCGGCAAAUAUUCCCUCUCUUGAGGGACAACAACCAGAGGUGCAUGAGGAACAACCACCGAAUCUCCUCGCUGCUGUGCGAUCCGCAGGAAGGCUAUCUGCAGAUGCUGCAGGUUUCCAACCUGUACCUGUACGACAGUGUGCUCAUGCUGGCCAACGCCUUCCACCGCAAGCUGGAGGACAGGAAGUGGCACAGCAUGGCCAGCCUCAACUGCAUGCGCAAGUCCACCAAGCCCUGGAAUGGGGGCCGCUCCAUGCUGGAGACUAUCAAGAAGGGCCAUAUAACCGGGCUUACUGGUGUUAUGGAGUUCAGAGAAGAUGGCGCCAACCCCUACGUUCAAUUUGAGAUACUGGGCACUAGUUACAGCGAAACCUUCGGCAAAGACGUGCGGAGGUUGGCAACGUGGGACUCAGAAAAGGGACUGAACGGCAGCCUGCAAGAACGACGUCUGGGCAGCGACUUGCAAGGACUCACCCUGAAAGUGGUGACUGUCUUGGAAGAGCCUUUUGUGAUGGUGGCAGAAAAUAUACUUGGGCAACCAAAACGAUAUAAAGGAUUUUCCAUUGACGUCCUGGAUGCACUCGCCAAAAAUCUGGGCUUUAAGUAUGAGAUAUAUCAAGCUCCUGAUGGUAAAUAUGGACAGCAGCUCCAUAACAGCUCCUGGAAUGGAAUGAUUGGGGAACUCAUUAACAAGAGAGCUGACCUAGCAAUCUCAGCCAUCACAAUCACACCCGAACGCGAGAGUGUUGUGGACUUCAGCAAGCGUUACAUGGAUUAUUCAGUGGGGAUCUUAAUCAAAAAGCCUGAAGAGAAAAUCAACAUCUUCUCUCUGUUUGCUCCGUUUGACUUUGCGGUGUGGGCUUGCAUUGCGGCAGCCAUCCCUAUAGUUGGUGUCUUGAUAUUUGUCUUAAACCGGAUCCAGGCCAUCAGGGCUCAGAACACUUCCCAGCCAAGUCCUUCAGCUUCCUCCACUCUCCACAGCGCCAUUUGGGUGGUGUACGGCGCCUUUGUACAGCAAGGGAGUGAAUCCACGGUCAAUUCUGUGGCUAUGCGCAUUGUAAUGGGCAGUUGGUGGCUCUUCACCCUUAUCGUGUGCUCAUCCUACACAGCUAACUUGGCAGCUUUUCUCACAGUAUCCAGGAUGGAUAAUCCUAUAAGAACAUUUCAGGAUCUGUCCAAACAAAUGGAUAUAUCUUAUGGUACAGUCAGGGAUUCAGCAGUGUAUGAAUACUUUAAAGCAAAAGGGACAAACCCCUUGGAGCAGGAUAACACAUUUGCUGAACUGUGGAGGACAAUCAGUAAGAAUAAUGGAGCAGAUAAUUGUGUAUCGAAUCCUUCUGAAGGCAUCAGGAAGGCAAAGAAAGGAAACUAUGCUUUCCUGUGGGAUGUGACAGUGGUGGAAUAUGCCGCACUGACCGAUGAUGAGUGCUCCGUGACAGUCAUUGGAAACAGCAUCAGCAGCAAAGGAUAUGGGAUAGCCCUCCAGCAUGGAAGCCCGUACAGAGAUCUUUUCUCCCAGAGGAUCUUAGAAUUGCAAGAAAGCGGAGAUUUGGAUGUUCUCAAACAGAAAUGGUGGCCACGAAUGGGACGUUGUGACCUGAAUAGCCAUGCCAAUGCACAGACAGAUGGGAAGGCACUCAAGCUUCACAGUUUUGCAGGCGUUUUCUGCAUUUUAGCAAUAGGCCUUCUUCUUGCAUGCUUGGUGGCAGCAUUGGAGUUGUGGUGGAACAGCAACCGUUGUCAUCAAGAAACACCGAAAGAGAUACAGCAUGGGCAGCAGCAGUGCAAACUUCCCCACAUUGCCCCACCAAUGUGCCUCAACCCUGACCUGGAGAGACCACCUUUAGGGGAUAAGGAAGUGAACCUGGAGCAGGUGCACAGGCGCAUGAACAGCUUGAUCGAUGAAGACAUCGCCCACAAGCAGAUCUCGCCGGCGUCCAUCGAGAUCUCGGCCCUGGAGAUCGGCGGCAUGGCGCCCGCCCAGACCCUGGAGCCGGUGCGCGAGUACCAGAACACGCAGCUUUCCGUGAGCACCUUUUUACCAGAACAGACGGCGCACGGCGCCAGCAGGACACUGUCGGCCGCGGCGGGCAGCCAGCUGCCGCUGCCCCUCAGCAGCUCGGCCACCAUGCCCUCCAUACAGUGCAAACACAGGUCGCCCAACGGGGGCCUCUUCCGGCAGAGCCCCGUCAAAACGCCCAUCCCCAUGUCGUUCCAGGCCGUGCCGGGGGGCGUCAUCCCCGAGGCGCUGGAGCCCUCGCACGGGACCUCCAUAUAGCCACCACAGACAGACCCACAACCAGCAGAGCUUUUUAAUACCACAUUUAAAACAGAAAAAGAAAAAGAAAAAAAAAAAAGAACAGACUCUUACCUUUUUCUUGUAUAUAUCUGUAAAUAACGAAAGAAUGAAGUGGGGUAAAAGUGUAUUUUGAAUAUUCCCAAUUUUCGAAGUCAGUAAAAAAACAAAAAAAAAGCAAACAAAAGUGUAUGAAUGACUUUGUAAAUUUUGUUCUAUACGAAUAAAAAGGCAAACUACUUGUGAUCGUUCUCAAGUGCCAAAGAAGACCAGUUACUGGGACUGAGGGCCGUACAAUCUUUUUUUUUGUGUGGAUUUCAACAUUCAUUUGUUCAUUUUUUUUUUAAGAGCAAAAAGAAUUUACCCAUUUCUUGCUAGCAAAGUUCACCAUAUUCAGACGUCUCCUCAGAACCCUGUUUUAUAGUCAAGCAAAGCAUUGACCAUUGUUUUAAGCCUGAAUUUUAACUAAAAUCCAAUAAACAGAAAUAAAAAGCUUUUUUCCAUCCAACAAGGAUUUAAAUUUCCACGCAGUUUCUAAGUUAAAGCACAGGAUUAUUGAAUUGUGUUUUUGCAUGUGUUCUCUGCUGUGUGGCUCUUUUUA